CUCUUUAACAUGCUGUUAAAACAAUACAUCAUGGGUUUAAUAGCCAUCUAUUGUUUACAAACAAUACGGAUGGUGAAGGGAGAUUCAUUCCAUGCUGGGUUGAUACUACCGUCCAUGGAUCCUUUUUACAUAUUACCUUCAGGGUACGAACGUACCAAGCCAGGUACGAUUUUACGAUCACGUAAAUUACCACGACAUCCCGAGCAAACGCUUCCAGCCUUUCCACAAAACAUCAGAGGAGCGUAUCAAUUAUUGUAUCGCACCACCGAUGCACUUGGGCAACCGACAGCCACGGUAACGACACUGAUGAUCCCAUUCAAUGCCAAUCCUAGAAAACUGGUGACCUAUGCGGUGAUUCAGGACAAUGUAUCGGCUGAUUGUGCACCAUCCUACAUUCUACAAAAGGAAUUUAACUCACGCGAUAUUUUACCACAAUCAGAGGUCUUGUUCAUGGAUACGAUGUUGGCGCGUGGAUGGUACGUGAGCAUGCCUGAUUAUCAAGGGCCCAAAUCGAUGUUUACCGUGGGCGAAAUGGCAGGCAAUGGGUUGUUGGAUAGCAUCCGGGCCGUCUUAGCCAGUCAUGUUGAGACAGGGAUCCGACCAGAUGCGAAGAUUCAGAUGUGGGGUUAUUCUGGGGGUGCAUUGGCGACAGGAUGGGCGGCCCAGUUACAGCCUAGGUAUGCUCCAGAACUCAACAUCAUGAGUGCUGUCUUGGGAGGCACACCUGUGGACUUGAAUGCUACGCUAUAUUCCGUCAAUCAAGCGUUUUUUUCUGGUUUGGGAUUUUCUGGCAUCUUGGGUGUGGCAGCCCAGUAUGAUGAUUUCGCUGCCUACGUUGAUGCUAUGUUGGUGCCUGAAAAAAAGCAAGCUUUUUACAAGGUACGUGAAUUAUGCUAUGGUGAUCUGGUAGGGAACUAUACUAUGCAAGACAUCACCACGUAUUUUGCCCAUCCUGAUUUUGCUCAGGCUUCUGUGGUGAAAAACAUGUUGGCCAAAAGUGAUAUGGGUAAUAUAGAUACUCCCACCAUCCCUAUUUUCGCCUACCAUGCUGAGCAUGAUCCCAUCGCUCCCUUUGAACUCACCGCCGCCGUCUAUAAAAAGUGGUGUCAACAGGGCGCUCGCAUCGAAUUAUUGACGGAUCAAACACUAGAUCAUAGUAGACUGAUUCUUGGGGGUGCCGCUGAUGCCAUUCUUUACUUGGAAAGACGAUUUGCUGGUAUUCCUCCUCGUCGUGGUUGUCCACAUCGUUCUACUCGUGAUGCUUCUCAUGAUCCUUUCACUUCCUUUGUCUACAUGCGUGCUUUAUGGGAUAUAUUGAGAGCUGUUAUAGGUAAAGCUCCUUUCCAUAUUCAUAGGCAAUGA